AUGAAGUGGGUAUCUUCAGAAAACCUUCAUCCCGAAGGGGAUGGUACCCCUGGAAAUGGAGGUAUCCUGUCUUCAGGUACCUCGGCUUCUACGCUACACCUUCCAGAGGCUCCUGUUUCAGACGAAAAAAUCAAUAGCAUUCAGGAUGUUCAAGCAUCUUCAUCUACUACGCACUCUACAACAGACCUUCCAGAGGUCCUGAGUACUAAUGAAAAGAUCGAUAGCGUCCCCGAUGGCGGGCUUCCAGCAUGGCUAGUAGUCCUAGGCGCUUGGUGUGGACUGUUUUGUAGUUUAGGAUGGCUCAAUAGUAUCGGCAUAUUCCAGAGUUACUAUGAGACAACGCUUCUCCAUCAGUACUCUGCGAGUGCAAUCUCUUGGAUCCCCUCCUUUGAAAUCUUUUUUACGUUUGUGAUGAGUCCAAUUAUCGGUCAACUUUAUGACAGGUUUGGUCCACGGUUUGUCAUUCUCGGUGGCUCAUUCCUACAUGUCUUCGGCCUUAUGAUGGCCUCCCUCUCCACCAGUUACUAUCAGUUGCUCCUAUCGCAGGGAGUCUGCAGUGCACUGGGGAUAUGCGCUAUCUUCCAGCCAUGUAUGAGCUGCAUCCCAAGCUGGUUUCAACGAAAAAGGGGCAUAGCAUACGGCAUUAUUUCAAGCGGAACUAGCCUCGGCGGAGUCAUUUUCCCAAUAAUGGUCAGUCGACUGAUAAAGGUAGUCGGUUAUGCUUGGUCGAUGCGUAUUUCUGCCUUUUUGAUCCUCUUCCUCCUUGUCAUUGUCAAUCUGACAGUGAAGACACGCCUUCCACCAUCAUCACAAACACACAAGAUGAGCAAGAAAACACUUUUACAGCCACUCAAAGAAAUUACUAUGAUCCUUGUUGUCUUAGGAUUUUUCUUUCUGACAUUUGGUGUGUUCGUACCAAUUAAUUACCUUGUCGUCCAAGCUACCAAGGUCGGGAUGAGUAGCAACUUAGCCCAAUAUCUAGCUCCUAUACUAAACGCUGCAAGUCUAUUUGGCCGUUUAUUAGCUGGUGUCCUCUCUGACAGAGUCGGUACGUAUAAUGUCUUAAUGAUCGCCUGCUACCUCGCCGGUAUCUUCUGCCUAGCUCUCUGGAUCCCGGCAGCCAAUACCGCUGCUGUUAUGGCGUUUACCAUUCUCUUCGGAAUGACCUCAGGUGCUUAUAUUGCCCUGGCAGCAGCGUUGGUGGUGCGUAUAUCUCCGAUUAGAGAGAUCGGGUACAGAACUGGUCUUCUGUUCUUUAUUGGGGCCUUCAGUGGACUAACAGCAAGUCCGAUUGCUGGUGCAAUCCUCCAACGCGAGGAUGGUUCAUAUACCGGCAUGCAAGUUUUCAGCGGUGCUACGCUUUUAGUAGGCAGUAGUUUCAUCUUGGUGGUGCGAAUUUACAAGACUGGUCCGGUUCUGAGAGCUAGAUUUUGA